AUGGAUCACCGGACCAUCGCGCCGCGCGCAUCCGCCGCUGCAGUUGAAUUGGACCACUCAGAAGACAUGAUCGCCGACGUCGACGAACCACCAGAUACACAAAGAAUCCGCCCUUCAUGGACACCGCCCAAGACACACACAUCCUUCAGCAAAGCAGAUCCGCAAAUGUACAACCGCAGAGAAUCAUUGUUGACGCGCCAACUGCAUUCGGAGACAGAUCAUACAGAUGAGGAAGAGCGGCACAGACAACGACCACCACCACGAACACUCAGCACACAAUCGACCUGGAGUAAUCCGAGUGUCGCAUCUACCGCUGAAUUGACCAGCGACGACGGACACAGCCUGGCCAGUCCUGCAAUUAGUCCUCCACUCCCGCCGACUGCAAUCAGGGCUGCCGUACCGAACUUUGUCAACGAAAAGCCCCUUUCACGCGAGCCAACAAUCUUGAGCACCAGUCACAAGACAGAGGAACCGACGACAGAGAAGUCAGUUGAGGAGGGCCUCGGUCGGAAAAGGUGUAUAAGUUUCGCGUGUGGAAACAAGGACAACAAGGCACAAGCUCCGGUGAAGAAGCCUGAGGUACAGCCCGAGACUGCUGCAGCUGCAUCUCCACCAAAGCGGAAGUGUAUGCUGAAGUUCGUCUGCCCAACCCGAACAACUUCUGAGACCAAGCAUGAGCGACCGAGCACUGCAUCAAAACGUGCUGUGAGUCCACCACCACCGGAGAAGAAACCGAACGUCAAGCCGGAGUUGCCCAAGGCGCAUCGUGGAUCGGACAGCACGGUCACUCAUGCAUCACCUCGAACCUCCCGAAAGUAUCCCGCAGCCUUCGCCAACGACUCCACACCCGGUACCCCUAGGCCUUCCUACCAGCGUAAAUUGUCCAACGAUUCCGAUCGCAGCACCGAAGCCACACGAUUUCAUGAAUUUGCAUCCAGCGACGAUGAGCCUGAAGAGUGGGUGCAGGAGUCUACCUGCCAUCGAAGUCGAUUGACUGUGGACGAUACACUUAAGAAGGAGACUGUCAUCCGAAAGGCAUGUGAAGAGGUUGAAGAGGAAGUGGUGGAGGAGGAAGACGACGAGGAUGACCUUGAGGAUGACGCCGAGUUGGAUGAGGACGACGACGAUGAGGACGAUCUCGAGGAGGAGUCAGACGAGGGCUUCAAGACCGAUGAUGAGGAAGGCUUUGCUGAAUCGGACUCGGAAGACGACGACAGCGAUGAGGAGUGGUGGAGACCUGGAGGAUUGUCGACCGCAGCAACCUCAAUGGAGCACAUGGAUCGUCUGGCACACAACAGCGCGGAUGCAUCCUCAUCCGUGGGCUCCGCCAGCUCGAGUCAUAUCCAGCCACGGACCAUCCGGCCGAAAUCGGAACGUAAGCCCAGGCCUAACAACAUGCCGAUUCGGAAUCAACGCGAGGGCAUGGACCUGCCUGAUUCGACCGACUUUGUCUGUGGAACUCUCGAUGAGGAUCGUCCUCUGGAACAGGCUUAUCUCAACCACAAGAAGCAGCGAGAAGCCGCAAGACACAAGGCGCGCCCUCAGGACAUCGAUCCCACCUUUCCAACCUCCGACCCGGACAUGGACGAAGAGGACGACGAUGACCUCGAGGAUCCUGAAGACAGCGAGGAGGAGAACCUCAUGCACGGCGACAUUGAGGAGCUGGACGGUGACUCCACUCUGCGACGUCGGCCUUCUCAGCGAUCUAGGACACGAAGCACUGUGCACAAGUCUCCUCCACCGCCAGCUCGUCAUCGGUCUCCUGCUCCCGGCGCGAAGAAGACUCAACGUUCCGCUCGCUCUCCGCCACCUCCUGCACGCCAUAGAUCACCGGCUCCUGGUGCUUUGAAAAGACAGACCACUGCUCGCUCUCCGCCUCCACCCGCCCGAGCACGAUCUCCACAACCGCCUCUCAAGAGAACCUCAACCGCAAUCUCGACCGCGCGCCAACGAUCACCCGCUCCCGCCGGCAUGAAAAAGCCGGCGACUGCUCACUCUCCACCACCUCGCAAGCUCUUUGGCCAUUCUCCACCACGAAACCGUUCUCCUGCUGGCCCUGGGAUGCGCACGACCUCACCUCCAAAUACUCGUCGAGCAUCACCCAACUUCUCCAGCACUGGUCUUGGCAUGCCACACGUCCUUGCCUCACGCCCUCAACUCACAUACACGGCCUCCCUCCCGCGCGGCGGCGGCUACACACUUGGAAAGCCACACACUCUCCGCCCAACAGAUGAUGACUGCGAUGACUCCGACACCGUCUGCACCGUUAAAGAAGGCGAUCUUCCGAAACGUGGCGCAAUCGACAUUUUCAAGGGUUUGGAGAGGAAACGUCAGCGCAGAAAGGAGAAGCUCUAUCAGAAAGCUUGCGCCAAAGCCGCUGCCAAAGGCGAAAAGGCGUACAAGGUCAAGCCGGGCAAGGGAGCUGAGAGAAUGAGAGAGGUUGGGUUGGAGAUGCAGAGGUAUCGUGGGAAAGGAGAGCAUAUCUUGUCGUUGUGA